GUUUAGUGAAGCGCGUAGCGAUUGGUGUUUUACGUUGUGGAUACCCGUGUGUGUGUCUCUUGCGGGUUGUCUUGUUCAUCUGGUAUAUGAUUUCGUAGUAACUAUGGCUAGUGUUCACGAGAGUCUUUACUUUAACCCCAUGAUGACAAACGGGGUCGUUCAUGCUAACGUAUUCGGUAUUAAGGACUGGGUUACCCCCUACAAAAUUUCGGUGUUGGUUCUGCUGAGCGAGAUGACCAAGAAUACGAAGAUCGGACUGGUGGAGAAGAGGCGGCUGAACAAGCAAAUCCUGCCUCUGCUGCAGGGACCAGAUAUGACUCUUUCAAAGCUCAUCAAAAUAAUAGAAGAAUGCUGUCCGAAUGUGGCAAGUUCAGUACAAAUCAGAAUAAAGCUGAUGGCUGAAGGUGAACUUAAGGACAUGGAGCAAUUCUUUGAUGAUCUUGCUGAUUCUUUCAGUGGAACAGUGCCUGAAGUACACAAGACAAGUGUUGUUGGGCUGUUUCUUCGACACAUGAUCUUGGCGUACAAUAAGCUUUCAUUUAGCCAGGUGUACAAGUUGUAUACCUCACUGCAGAAUUAUUUUCGGGUUAACAAGAACAAACCUUCCUUAAAGGCUGAGAAUGAGGAGGCAGAAAUGGAUCUGACAAAUUCUGAAGAAGAAGAAGAAGACAAAGAAGAACGGAAAAUGGAAAAAGAAGACCUUGAUCUUCCCGUUGGGGAGGAGGAGAUGGCUUGCAAUGGACCCCUCUCUCAGAAACAAGCAGAAUAUUUCCUUUCUCAGCAGGCUUCCUUACUGAAGAAUGAUGAAAGUAAAGCACUCACACCUGUCUUGUUGCAAAAGGAGUUGAACAAUCUGCUGAAGUUUAACCCAGAUUUUGCAGAAGCUCAUUAUUUAAGCUACUUAAAUAGCCUUCGUGUGCAAGAUGUGUUUAGCUCAACACACAGUCUGCUGCAUUACUUUGACCGCCUUAUUCUUACUGGAGCAGAGAGUAAAAGCAAUGGGGAUGAGGGAUACGGUCGGAGCCUGAGAUAUGCUGCUCUUAACCUGGCUGCCCUGCAUUGCCGCUUUGGACACUAUCACCAAGCUGAACUGGCCCUUCAGGAAGCCAUCAGGAUAGCCCAGGAAUCAAGUGACCAUGUGUGUUUGCAGCAUUGUCUGAGCUGGCUAUAUAUUCUGAAGCACAGGAAAGGGGCAGACAGUAGUGUUCUAUUGGAACAUUCUGUGAAGAGAGCCAUACACUUCGGCUUACCGUAUUUGGUCUCCUUGGGUAUCCAGUCAUUGGUUCAGCAGAGAGCGUUUGCAGGAAAGACUACAGACAAACUGAUGGAUGCAUUGAAAGACGCCGACCUCCUCCACUGGAAGCACAGCCUGUCAGAACUUAUUGAUAUCAGCACUGCUCAGAAGACAGCGAUAUGGAGAUUGUAUGGCCAGAGUACUAUGGCUUUGCAACAGGCACAGAUGCUCCUUAGUAUGAACAGCCUGGAUGCCGUCAAUGUGGGUGUUCAGCAAAACAACACAGAGUCCUUCGCUGUGGUUUUAUGCCAUCUUGCAGAGCUGCAUGCAGAGCAGGGACAUUUUUCUGCCGCCUCUGAGAUCCUUAAACAUUUAAAGGAAAGGUUCCCUCCAAACUGUCAGCAUGCAAAGCUGUGGAUGCUGUUUGAUCAAAAAAUCCAGUUUGAUCGUGCAAUGAAUGAUGGAAAGUAUCACACGACCGAAUCACUUGUAACUGGUAUUACCGCACUAAACAGUGUGGAGGGACUAUACAGGAAAGCAAUUGUUUUGAAAGCCCAAAACCAAACUGUAGAGGCCCAUAAAAUUCUGCAGGUACUAUUAACGCACUGCCAGAAAGUUAGGAACAUAGAGAUGGUUAUACGAGUUCUGUUAUCUUUGGCAGAGCUUUACUGGAGGUCAUCUUGUCAUGCAGUUGCGCUGCCUGUUCUACUCCAGGCACUGGCUCUGUCCAGGGAAUAUCGGCUGCAGUACCUGGCCUCCGAGACUGUGCUAAGCUUGGCUUUCACACAGCUCAUGCUUGGCAUUCCAGAACAAGCAUUAAACAUCUUGCACAUGGCGAUAGAACCGAUCCUGGCCCAUGGUGCUGUGCUGGAUAAGGGAAGAGCCAUGCUUCUGGUAGCCAAGUGCCAAGUUGCUUCAGCAGCAUCCUACAGUCCUCACAAAAAAACCGAAGCUCUGGAGUCGGCCAUUCUAAACCUCAACGAAGCUAAAGCUUACUUUGCAAAAGUGGACUGCAAGGAGCAGAUUCGAGACAUCCUAUAUUUACAAGCCAGGCUGUUCAACAGUUUGGGAAAAAUCCAAGAAAGGAACAAAUGUGCCAUGCUUUUCAGACAGAUGCAUCAGGAGCUACCAUCUCAUGGAGUCUCCUUACUUAUACGCUUGUAAAAGUGUAGGCCUAAUGAAUGUGUUCUUCAAAUACUU